AUGCUGGAGCUGUCGUCUGCUCGAGGAGGAGGAGGUGGCCAUGGCGGAGGAGGCCAUGGUGGAGGAGGCCAUGGCGGAGGAGGCCGUGGCGGAGGAGGUCGUGGAGGCGGCCGUGGUGGCGGUCGAGGAGGUUCCGGAAGACCUGGUGGCUUUGGUGGUGGAAGACCUGGCUUCGGUGGCGGACGACCUGGUGGCUUCGGUGGUAGGAGACCUGGCUUUGGAGGACCUUUUAGAGGUGGCUACGGCCGACCAUUUGGCGGCUAUGGCGGCUAUGGCGGCUAUGGCGGCUAUGGCGGCUAUCGAGGAUAUAGAUCCUAUGGCUAUGGUGGCGUCGGACUUGGCGUGCUGCCGCUGCCUGUGCCUGUCUCCUAUCCGUGUCGUCGCCCAUAUCCCUACGACUACUACUACGACGACUACUAUUAUUGCUAG